UCGGUUCUUUCGAGAUCCCCGAGUCACGACUACCACGUUUGCUAAUCUAUAUUCGGCCACGGAAAACAUGAACGUUAUGAUGUGGGCUGUGCUACGGAAAGGUAUAAAUAUACGGCAUCGUGAGCUCAUUCAGCGAGGCGUACUUCCGUUCCACACAACUACGAAUUCUACCACUAUAAUCUGCACCUUCACCUGCCCAACGAAUACCGGGAACGUGCACUGUGAUGGCCGCGCGUCCACGGAAAUGCUCCCUGCCUGUCGAGGUGUGCGAGCGAGUCGUGGGCUACCUUGACAUCAUGAACGAGGGCGAUUAUCGGACGCUGUUGAACUGUGCUUUGGUCAGUCGGGGCUGGUAUCCAGCAAGCCGUGCUGUCUUUUUGGAGACCGUCUACCUCAAGACACGGAAGCAGCCAUACAAUCUCAACCACAUGCUCAAAGUCAACCCCAACAACGGUCUCGCAGAGCGCAUACGCUGCGUCCAUCUCUCGGGUCUCGAGGCUUCGGAGCCAACCAAGAAGCCCGCUGUGUACAGUCCAGUGUCUGCAUUUCCACCUGUUUUCGUGCGCAAGCUUCCCAAUCUACGCACGCUCGAGAUUUGCUGCAUCAACCCCUGGGACCACAGCAUUGGCCGGGACUUCUACCUCGCUUUAGGCUUGUUUGACAAGGUGGAAUCUUUGACUCUGAGGGACAUCACCUUUCCGUCGCUAUCUGAGUUCGCGCAGUUCGUCUGUGCCUUGCCCAAUCUCAAAUUCCUUUCGUGCGAAGCGCUACGCUGGGACCGACAUAACCCGAGUCCAUUCAUCUUCCUUCAGCACGGGCCCCGUGCCACUGUCUCCGAGCUUGUCUUGAAAACUAUGCGGGCACCGAUGGCGGAUGCAAUGGACUUCCUCCUACCAUAUGUUUCUAGGACAGAUCUUCGACGACUCCGCGUAGGGCCAGUCUCAGCUUCUGAUGUGAAAGAAUCGAGAAUUCAGGAACUGCUGCACCAAAUUGGACCAUCGCUGCAACGCAUAACUCUAAAGUUGGAUCCGGCCAUUGAUGACGAACGGAGGCAUGAGGAGUAUUUCAGUCUUGAAAAGAAUAUCGCUCUGGAGACUCUAUCACUUGAGAUUAAGGCAUUCCACGAGAAAACCUAUGAUCUCAGCUGGCUGCCGCCUCUGCUCUCCUCAAUCUCAUCGAAGCAGAUUCGCGACAUCCACAUCCGCCUCGUGAUCGACACUCCGCAAGACGUCUUCGACUCUGUCAAUGCAGGGUUUACCCCUGCACGCUGCUCUCUCAUAGACCGGACCUGCACAAGCAGCGGCUUUGCCAAUCUCAGGCGCCUUGCUAUCCAGGUUUUCGAUUAUUCCGAUGCAAGCAUGAACAAAAGGAGGACCGCUCGAUGGUGCAAGAGGUUCGCGGAAUAUUUUUCUGGCUUACAGAAGAAGCAAAUCUUAUUUAUCGAGAUACUUCCUGUGAUGCGCUACUAG